UGGAGAGAGAGUGGGACCCGGAUGCUGAUGCGAGUGAGACGAAGGAAGGAAGAGGAGAGAGAAAAUAUCGAUUUACGGCAAGAAAACCGAAGGGAGUUUAAUACAGGGGGCCUUUACCCUGCGUGAACUAUUAUCAGAAGUGAGGAGGGGGAUAAAGCAGUCGAUAAUAGUGCGGGUUGAUCUGCGGAUAUCUGUGUUUUUUUUUUACCUGUGUAUCCGCCGGUGAGGGAGGAGGACACGCCAAAAGGAGAGAGGAGAAGAUGCUGUGAUCUGCAGGGAUGUAGAGAGACGGGGAGAGACAGGGAGGGGGAGGACUACGCUACGCUAAGGAUGGUUGUUUUGCUAGGAAUACGCGUUUCACCUCGAAAUAUUGUGAGAAUGUGGCGGCCGUGUGAUAAAUCUUACCGUUUGGCGAUGCCCGGGAACUUCAGGAGGAGUCGGUUUUUUUGACAGCGAGACGGCCGUUGGUCCAGGCGUUGAAGCUAAAGCUAGCCUCGCUGCUGUGUGGGAGAGCGGCGGCGAGGCUAAAACAUAGCAUGUUGUUGCACCUGUAAAACAGGCCUGACAGAAUAAAAACUGAUUUAAUUAUCAGUGCUAACAUUUACCUGACGUCUUUGACGUUUUGUUUGGUUAGACUCGACCAGCAAAGGAUAUAAAUAUUUGCAGCAGACGUGAAAAAAACACUUGGUUGUUUUAUAGCGUUAACGUCACGCGAUCAUUUUCUUACUAACCGUCAUAUAUAGUUAACGUCAUUAUACAAUUAAGCUAAUGCACAGGAGUGAAACUCUUUAGUUUGCCUACCUUGUCAUGUUUAUCUUUAGGGUAGUAUUUAACGCUUAAAACAGCCUAAUAACUUGCUGUCAUCUCAGUUUCUCUGCUUUAAACUACCACUAGCAAGCUGUUUUUUUGUUAAAUAUCAACGUUGUACAUGUGAACUGUGCUUCAGAACAAACAUAUUUAGCUUUGUGUAUUAACCAGGUUUAGAUGAAGAAUGUUCAUUUAUCAUCCAGAUGUUGUAAAUCAGCACCAGUUUGCAUUUUUUACACGUUCACCCAGUAACUUCAGUGUAGCAGGGUUAUCACUGAAAUAAAGCUAUUCCUUCUUCUAAAUUGAGCACCAUCUUGUAUCUCACGAUAACUGUAUACGCUGUUUAAUAUCACAGCGAUUGCAAUAACCACUGUGCAGAAGUAGUAGUGUAUUAGCCUCCUUCAAGAGCAGUAUGAGUAAGGAACUGUCUCUGAGUCAGUCAGCUCAAUAUGUUGGGCCCUACCGACUGGAAAAAACACUGGGGAAGGGACAGACAGGACUGGUCAAGCUCGGGGUCCAUUGUAUUACGGGUCAGAAGGUAGCGAUCAAAAUAGUCAACAGAGAGAAGCUGUCUGAGUCAGUCCUGAUGAAGGUUGAGAGGGAGAUUGCCAUUCUGAAACUGAUUGAGCAUCCGCAUGUGUUGAAGCUGCAUGAUGUUUACGAGAAUAACAAAUACCUGUACCUGGUGUUGGAGCAUGUGUCGGGAGGAGAGUUGUUUGACUACCUGGUGAAGAAGGGCCGGCUGACUCCGAAAGAGGCCAGGAAGUUCUUCAGGCAGAUCAUCUCUGCUUUGGAUUUCUGCCACAGUCAUUCCAUCUGUCACAGAGACCUGAAGCCUGAGAACUUGCUCCUGGAUGAAAAGAACAACAUCCGUAUCGCUGACUUUGGCAUGGCCUCCCUACAGGUGGGAGACAGUCUGUUAGAGACCAGCUGUGGAUCACCACAUUAUGCUUGCCCUGAAGUUAUACGGGGAGAGAAAUAUGACGGGCGAAGAGCAGAUGUGUGGAGCUGUGGGGUCAUCCUUUUUGCUCUGCUGGUGGGUGCCCUGCCCUUUGACCAUGACAAUUUACGGCAGCUCCUGGAGAAGGUGAAGAGCGGGGUGUUCCACAUGCCCCACUUCAUCCCCCCGGACUGUCAGUCCCUACUCAAGGGCAUGAUUGAGGUCAACCCUGAAAAGAGGCUCACGCUAGAGGCCAUCCAGAAACACGCCUGGUAUCUGGGUGGUCGCAAUGAGCCGUGUCCUGAGCAGCCUCCUCCCAGGCGAGUGUGUGUGAGGCGAAUCUCUUCCCUGACUGAGCUGGACCCAGAUGUGUUGGACAGCAUGCACUCGCUGGGUUGUUUCCGAGACCGAGGCAAGCUCACACGUGAUUUGCAAUGUGAAGAAGAAAACCAGGAGAAGAUGAUCUAUUACCUGCUGCUGGACAGGAAAGAGCGAUACCCCAGCUAUGAGGAUGAGGACUUGCCACCGCGCAAUGACGUAGGUCAGUCAUUAGGGGGCAGGAGGGAUCCAUUGAAGGCAGCGAGCUCCUUUUCUCAGCCUCAGUUUCUGGGAAGAGAUUGUACCACAGUAUCCGACCCUCCUCGAAAGCGUGUUGACUCUCCGAUGCUGACGCGCCACGGCCGCUGUCGCCCAGAGAGGAAAAGCCUGGAGGUGCUCAGUGUUACUGAACAGGGGUCCCCUACCCCGCCUCGCAGGGCCCUGGACACCGCUGCACACAGCCAGAGGUCUCGCUCUGUCAGUGGGGCAUCAACUGGUCUCUCCUCCAGCCCUCUCAGCAGUCCCAGGGUUACUCCCCAGGGCUCUCCGUUGCCCACACCCUUGGGCACCCCUGUCCACCACCCUCACCACCCCUCCUCUACCCCGCCCUCCUCUUCCUCGUCCUCAUCCUCCUCGCGGGCGGAGGGAGGGGGAGGGGUGGGCUCCCUGUCGCUGACCCCGCCCUCCAGUCCUGGAGGGGGAAGCGGCAUGGCGGCCAGCAGCUCUGCUCACUGGAGGACUCGCCUCAAUUCUUUCAAGAACAACCUGCUGGGCUCACCGCGUUUCCAUCGCCGUAAAAUGCAAGAAGUGGCGCCGCUUGGCAGCUCAACUGCCGACCCUUCUUCAGCAUUGAAAGUUCCUACAUCAGAAGACAUGUCCAGUCUAACUCCAGAAUCCAGCCCUGAGCUGGCUAAGAAGUCGUGGUUCGGGAACUUCAUCGGCUUGGAGAAAGAGGAGCAGAUCUUUGUGGUGAUCAGAGACAAACCUCUGAGUUCUGUCAAAGCCGACAUCGUCCACGCCUUCCUGUCCAUCCCGUCACUCAGUCACAGCGUUCUCUCACAGACCAGCUUUCGGGCCGAGUACAAGUCCUCCGGCGGCCCUUCCGUCUUCCAGAAGCCGGUCAAAUUCCAGGUGGACAUUUCUUUCUCCGAAGGCGAGAGGGAGCGAGAGAGGACCGAGAGGGAGGGAAGGAGGGAGACAGGAAUCUACAGCGUGACGUUCACCCUCAUUUCAGGUCCGAGUCGCAGGUUCAGACGAGUGGUGGAAACGAUUCAAGCCCAGCUUCUCAGCUCCCAUGAUCAGCCCAUGGUGCAAGCCCUAACUGAUCCCUUCCCAGAUGAGAAGAAUGGCCGGCCCCACGGGACCCCCACCCGCCAAAACUCGAGGCGCUCCGAGGGUGGGGGCGACAGGUGCGAGUGGGGUGACCGAGCAGAUGGAGGAGGCAUAGGCGGCAGCGGGGGAGUUCUGCAGCGCAGAGGCUCGGCAAAAGAGAGAACCCGACUGCUGUCCUCCAAUGGAACCCAAUCCCAACCGUAGGAUAGAAAGCGAGACCAUGCAGCAGGAUGCCUGAACUACACCGGAAAGAAGACAGUGUAACUUCAUCUCCAAGUAUCCCUGCAAGCCAUGAGCUACUCCUAUUCUUCCUUGACUAAGUUAUUGAAGGUGCUUGAACAUAGCAAGGAUUGAGCCUUUUCCCUGUCAUGCUUUCCCCCCCUCCCCCCCUCCAACUUGACCUUCUUUUGAUCUUCUGGAUCACCAGGAUUCCUACCCUUAAAUGAGAACGAAGUGUUAAGGAAUCACCCUUUUAAUGAAAAAAAUAAUAAUAUGUGAAUGAGCAGUUUGGUAUCCAUCAUAGAUACAGCUUCACAGAUCAAACUAGGAAUUUUGAAGUGCUAAUGUGCAUGCCAGUUAGCAAAUCAGCCUGCUAAAGGAUGCUGAAAUGAUCAGAUAGGCUAGUCUACCAUAUCAUUGUAAUACAGUAUCUGACACCAAAAAGAAAUUACUCUUAAAAUUUACCAGUGCGCUCAUAUCAUUAUCAAGCAACAUGCAAUUACCAGUCCAUACUGAAAGAAAUGUAGAUGUAUCUAUAGAUGUGUCUCUGCAGACGAACCCUAAGAGUUAGCAACCUGCUCCCACUUCAGUGAGUGGUGAUGAGCUGAACGAAAGGUCCUGAUUUUCUCACGAGAAACUACAUCCUGGAGUUCUCUGGAAGGGUCUUCUCCUGAGGUAAAGAAAACCAACUAAGUAAGCUAAGUAAGUGAAUGUGAAAAAAAAUAUUUUUUUAUUUAGUUUGUAUUUAUUGUUUACAUAUUUGUUUUGAGGAUGUCAGUAGCACAGUCACAGCGGUGAAGACAGUAACAGUGUCGGAGAGAGGAAGCUGACCAGUUGCGUUUUAGAUGGCAUUCGUUUAAAGUGAAAUGUUUUGAUUCUUUUGUAUUUUGUUUUUACUCAGAGACGAUAUGAAACAAUGCAUCUAAGAUUUUUCGCCCUGUUGCUCUGAAGAAAAGUAUUUUUUGAUUUGAACAGAAAUAUGAACAUUACUAUAUGAAGAAAAGAAAAAAAAACACUAUGCGUGAAUAUUUCCAUGAACCUCAUCACAGCUGUUUGAGGCCAGAUUGAAUGAGAAGAGCAUUCCUGGCCUGUGGAUCAAACAGAAGCCACCUUUCUCGUCAAGCUUGUCUCCUAUUGCCAUAGUAUUUAUGUACUGACACCGAACAAAAUAAAAGAACAACAAAAAAAAACCCACAAAGGAAAUUCAUCAAUGGACGUUUUCAUAAUGCCGGACUUAUAGGCUUGCGAUGUCAAUUCCUUGUUGUGCAGGACUUCAAAAGGGGAAGCAAGCAAAGAGUCUCCUAACCCCAUGCUCCUCACUUCUUCAGUGUUCACCAACAAGCCAAGUAGUCCAUCACUGCACCCACGCCCAUCACCAGAGAGUCGCACCAUUCUGCAAGCAGACGUAGCAACUCGGACAGUCAUGUAUUACUCCAGCACUCUAUCAGACUAGUCAAUGUUUUUCACCAGUCUUCCAUACAGCACAAUAUGCAACAAAAGUGCAGAAUGUUUUCCGAGAGAUACACAGUGCUACGGUUCUGUUUCUUUUUUUUUUGUUUUUAUAUUUGUCCAUUUACCUAUCUUAUCUAUUUAUUUAUGUAUUUAUUUGGUCAGGUGGUUGAUUGUGUCAUGUAUUUGUUUACAAACUAGAUUUUAUGCCAACAAAAAUAUAUCAAAAGCUAAUUCAAGAAACCUAUUUCAAUUCUCAUUUCUCAUUAUCACUGUUUUUUGAGUGCUUCUUUCGGAGAAGAAGAAUGACUUGGAUAGCAGUACUGACAUGUUGCUCUCAUCUUACAGCACCAAUAAUCUUUGUUUAUUUCUCACAUCUCUUUUAUCACUGAUUUCUCUGGUAACCUGUGUGUGUGUGUGUGUGUGUGUGUGUGUGUGUGUGUGAGACGGGUGGAUGGCGGCUGAGUGAGAGAUGCAUUUUGAGCUGAUCAGAGUUUCCGACUGACCCAGGAAUAUUACAUUAACUAACAUAGCCAAACCCUAACAGGCACAUCAUUUCUCUCACACACAUGAAAUGCUUGCUGUUUUGCUUCAUCUCUUGCUUUAAUGCCUUGUCCGUUUGACCUGUCUGUCUGCCUCUUCACCCGUUGUGUGGCCAUCAUCACAAGAGAAACUGUACAAAGUUGUUUGCCUCACUGUCCGUACACACUCUUUGAUUGCUCACCAUCACCACUUUCAUCUUUCUCGUCACCUUCACUUUCAUUGACCCAACUCUGGCUAAGAUUGUAAACUAUUCUCCAUUCAUAAGGGUCAGUAGAAUAAGGUGUUUAAAAAAAAAAAAGAAAUGUCUGUAUCAUAAUUUAAAUAUAAAAAGUGCACUAUUAUAACUAUUGCCUGUGAUAAAAA